UUUCCGGUUUAUUGCUUGUGAUUCAGUCAACUUGUUUCUUACACUCCCCUUGGAUAGUUUAUAAGGGAGAAUGGAGAAGAAUUAAAAAAUAUACAUAUUUUUUCUCAACUUAUUUUCUCUCCCUUCAAUUUUUCCUAGUUUGUUUGCUUAAUUGCUCCAGCACAAUUUUUACAUUUGCUUGAUAAAUGGGCGAGUUUGAGUUUUUUACUGUUCAGUUGAUUUGGAUUCAUGACUGAGUUCACUAGAUCUAACUACUAAUUUACCCUUGAAGUUAGAUCGCUCAAUAGCAAAAAUUCUGAAUUUUCAUUAUAAUAAUGUACACUUGUGCAUAGCAGAAUAUUAAAAUAAAUUAUUAUGUAAUAAAAAAACGCUCAAUAGCAAAAAUUCUGAAUUUUCAUUAUAAUAAUGUACACUUGUGCAUAGCAGAAUAUUAAAAUAAAUUAUUGUGUAAUAAAAAAAAAGUAAUACAAAAUUUUAAAUUAAAUCUGUCCUUCUCGCAUAGGGUGUAUAGUCAAAUCUCUUCUUUCAAAGCAGUACUCUUCUGUAUUGAAAUUUAAGUUUCUUUCCUUGUUAAAAUUAAAGUAAAGGGUCUGAUUUCUUUCUUGUCUGGUUCAUACAAUGUUGAAAUUUCAGCAACAUAUGCUUGUUUGACUGAAGGGUGUGGGUGAGAAGCAACAGGAGACCUCCAUGAACUCUACAGGACUUACUAACAGUAUCAGCGAAAGAUGGAAGAGUCCCUGGAGAAUCAGCAAAACUGUUGCCAUAUCAAUGGCGAUUGGAAUCAUUCUGCUUUCUUCUUCAUUGCUCGUCUUCUCUCCAUCAAGUGCUUGUCAGGUUCCAGCAAUUUACAACUACGGAGAUUCGAACUCUGAUACAGGCAGUGUCUCAGCAACCUUCGGACGUCUUCCUUCUCCCUUCGGCGAGACUUUCUUCGGCAAACCUUCUGGCCGGUGUUCUGAUGGGCGUUUAAUAAUUGAUUUUAUAGCUGUGGAGCUGGGGCUGCCAUACCUGAGUGCAUAUCUUGAUUCUAUUGAAUCAGAUUUCAGACAUGGAGCAAAUUUUGCUGCCAGUGGAUCCACCAUUCAACCUGUGGAUGGAAAAUUGUUUGAUGCAGGGUUUAACCCAUUAUCUCUCAGCAUACAGCUUUCACAGUUUCAACAGUUUAAAGACCGAACCAUUGAGUUGUAUACACAAGAUAGAAACUUAUGGAGACAAGGCCGCCUCCCAAGGCCAGAGGACUUCUCCAAGGCACUUUAUACUUUGGACUGUGGGCAGAAUGAUCUUCAUUUUGGGAUUACGUCCAUGGGAGAUGAGGAGAAAGCAGUGGCAUCCAUCCCCAGUUUAAUCAAUCAGUUUGCUCUAGCCAUAGAGGAACUCUACCAAGAAGGAGCAAGAAUAUUUUGGAUACACAACACUGGUCCUAUCGGCUGCUUGCCCUUUUUUGUCAUCAAUUAUCCUCCAAAGCCUGACAAUGCAGACCAAAUUGGCUGUGUGAAGUCCUACAAUGCAGUGGCUCAAGAAUUUAACAAGCAGCUCAAGGGAAAGGUCUCCAAACUAAGGACUCAACUCUCUGAUGCAAUGCUUAUUCUUGUCGAUAUCUACUCAGCUAAAUAUUCUCUUAUUAGCCAAGCAAAGAAAUACGGUUUUGAUGAUCCCUUGAGUUACUGUUGUGGGCACUAUGAGGAUUAUAGAGUUGAUUGUGGGAAGACAUUGCAAUUGGUGAAUGGGACUAAUGUCUAUGGGGGGUCUUGCAGCGAUCCUUCAAAAUACAUUAGCUGGGAUGGGAUACAUUAUACUGAAGCAGCUAACAAAUGGGUAGCCAACCGCAUCAUAGAUGGCUCGCUGUCAGAUCCUCCAGCACCUCUCAUCAAAGCUUGUAGGUAGCCUCUUCUUGCACACUUUUUUAGCUAAAAUUUGUCAUUGUAAUAAUGUUCCUGAUAAAGUCUUUUGUAAAACAAUGAUUUGUUCUCAAAUGUAUUCUAGAAUUAAUUUCUUAAACUAUCUAAAUGCUGUGGAUCAAUGAAUGAUAA